AUGCCUCCGCGCCCGUCCUUUGACGUCCCCGCUGACGUCCCCGGCGCGCUGCCCACGCUCCUGGAGCAGCGCGGCGACCCCGCGCACGCAGAGGAGGCCCCGCCGAAGACGCUGGAGGCGCCCUGCGGUUGCGCCGCGAGCGGUGCGGACGCCGCGCUGGAGGAGGGGGCCGCGGCGGCCGGGGGCGAGGCCGCGGCGAGGGAGCUCGUGCACGCCGAGCUGGCCGCGUCACCGCUGUUCGCGCAGUGCGAGCCGGAGGUCGUGCGGGGCAUCGUGCGCGGCGCCCGCGGCAUUAGGCUGGGGCACGGCGACGAGCUCGACGUAUCGGCCAGCGGGCGCGCGUGGGUGGUCGUCGCGGGUGCUCUGGAGGCGCGCGUGGGCCCGGGGCGCGCGGCGCUGCUCGGCCCCCGGACGAUGUUGAACGUCUGCGGUCUGCUGGGCAGCCCGCCCGAGGGCGGGCGGGAGCGAGCGGAGUGCGAGCAGUGGUACAGGCCUGCCGCGCCGAGCGAUGAGGCGGACAAGGAGGCGCUGGCGGUGGAGGCGGGCUGCGUCCGCACCCUGUGCUCACAGGCGUUCGCCGUUGCUGGCUCGAGGGGCGCUGGGCAGAAGGCCCCGGACACGCUGAGUCUCACCGUCGUGGGCGCCCCGCCGCGGCGGGCGGAGGGCGAAGCCGACGACGCGCUGGGGCCAGCCCAGCAGGAGCCCCACUCUCCCGCGCGGCAUGAGGCUGGCGGCGCCUGGCUUGCGGCCAUGACGGUGGGAGAUGUCCUGAAGGUCGUGGCCGGGUCCUCGUCGCAGGCGCAGUUCACUGCCAACAGGGAGUCUCUGCUGGAGAGGUGGUCUGUGGCUCUCCGGCGACGGGUUUUCCCUGGGGCCCCGCCGGACGCGUUGUUCUCGUUGGUGGAGUCUGCGCAGGUGCACCACGUGAGCCCAGGGGACAAGCUCGCGACCGAGGGCGAGUCUGGCGACGCAGCCGAAGCCCUCCUGGUGUUGGACUCGGGAGAGGCCGCGGUCGAGAAGUGCGUGCCGUGCAGAGACGGCCAGGGCACCAGGGUGACUGUCAUGGGCUUCCUGGGGCCUGGUGCCAUCGUCGGGGACGCUUGCUUCAUCGGCUCAGGCAUGCCCCGACCGGCCACGGUUCGCGCCAAGACGGCGGUCACCGUACUCAUCAUCCCCAGCGAUGCCAUCCUCGAGGCGCUGCGGCGGUUCCCGGGUUGCCUGGCCUGCCUGCACGCAGGGGUUCGCGAGGGCGCCGCGCUGCUGCAGCCGAGCUUGCAGUCUCACACGGAGGUGCUUUUGAUGCAGAGGCUCUUCGGAUGGUCUUGUCUGCCCUUUGUCCGCGCGGUCGCGAGCGCCUCCGAGCGGCGAGUGCUGUACUGCGGGGAGGCGGUCAAGCAGGAGGGCGGCAGCGACGCCGCGUUAUACGUCGUCGAGUUCGGGAUCUGCAGCGUCUCCCGCGAGGGGUGCGGCGACGUGGGCAUGGCCCGCAUGGGCACCUGCUUCGGAGAGCGCGAGCUCAUAGGCAUUCACUCGGUGAACCGCUCGACCGUGCGUGUCUCCACGCCCUUCGCCGUUCUGUUGAUGGUUCCGCAGACGGCGUUCGGCGCCGUGCUGUCGCGCUUCCCAGACGAGGAGAGGCGCGUGCGCGGCUCCACGCUGCUGCCCUCGCAGCGGGGCCGGGGCUCCGACGUGGCGAGCUUCCCCUGCUUCCGCACCUGCAGCCAGAACUUCUGCGAGGACCUCGCGCGCUCCGUCGAGAUCAGGUACUACUGCCCGGGCCAAACGGUGAUGGUGGAGGGCGCGAUGGACGCAGCGCACAUGUCGGUGCUGAAGGGCGGGCGCGCGGUGGUAGAGAAGCGAGGCAAGAAGGUCGCGGACGUUGCCAUCGGGACGAACUUCGGCGAGUUCGCCAUGAUGGGCAUAGCGCGGCGGCGGGGCGCCACGGUGCGGGCAGUGACGCUGUGCCAGAUGCUGGAGGUACCGCGCGCGGCGUUCCUGGCCGCGUUGGACCGGAACCCGGAGGACCGCCAGCACUUCGAGAAACUCACCACGCAGUACAGCGCCGCGGAGACUGGCGUGCGCUGGCCCCUCUUCGUGGACACCCCAGCCAACCUGUUGUACCACGUGAACCUGUACACGGACCGGUACCUGACCCCGGCGGGGUCCUGGACCUCGCGCGCUUCGGGCGCGCAGCUGCCAGAGGACGCGGCGGUGCUGGUGCUGCAGGGCUCCAUCCUGGUGGAGGGCCCCGGGGACGAGGUCCUCGAGUUCGUCGACGGGCAGUGCUUCAACGAGCAGGUCCUCGUCGGUUUCCCGCGCUCGGGCAGGCUGGUGGCCAAAGAGGCCUCCGAGGUGCAGAUCAUGACGAGAGAAACGUUCGAGAAGGUCAUGGCCGCGCAUCCGGACCAGCGCACCGCGGCGGAGCGCAACAUCCUGCAGGAGAUGGCCUGCAAGGCGGUGAAGAGGCUGGGCUUCUCGCACGGCAGCGUCGGCAUCCUGCGCUUCUCUUCCCUCUUCCGGGCCGUGUCGGACCAGUUUGCUUUGCUGGAGGGCGCGGAGGGCGACACGAUGUACCUCCUGCUGGUUGGGGACGUGCAGGUCGAGGCCUCCGAUGGCCUGUCCAGCGCGCACGACGGCCAGCGCCAGGCCUUCGGUGAGGCGGUGCUCCUCGGGAUCGCCUCCGCCUACGGGAAGACGCUGCGCGCGCGGAGCAGCUGCCUCGUGCAGGCCCUCCCCCGCGGGAGCCUGGACGAGGUGUUGGACAGCUUCCCCAGGGAGCGGGCGCUCUUCGCAGGCCUGCGCGUCCAGGGCUGCGAGGGCAGCGUGGACUCCUGCCUGGCGCGCGCCGCCUCGUUCUCGCGCAUGGAGCCCGAGUUCGUGUCCACCCCCCCCCGGCAGUACGAGGACGUCUUCUACGCCCCCGGAGAGGAGAUCCUCACGAGGGGCGACCCCUGCGCCCUCGGGCGGAGCUCCCUCUUCCUGCUGAUGUCGGGGCAAGCGAACGUCGAGGGCCUCCACUCGCAGCGCCUCGGGAGCCUGAGCCCCGGACACGUCUUCGGGGAGGCCGGGGCCCUCGGCUACGCGCCGGCGCGCACCGCCACGGUGCGCGCGUGGCGGGCCGGCCUCACGCAUUGCGCCGUGCUGCAGGGCCCGGCGAUCGAAGCGGCGACCAAGCGCUUCCCGGAGACGCACAGGCUGUUCAAGGCCAUCUUCGAGGAGCGGCAGGACGCCAACGCGUGCAUCGAGGAGUGCCGGCAGGAUUGGGUGCACGAGGUGGUCGUGCCCGCCCUGCGCCGCAGCCGCCUCUUUGCCGGGCUGGCCACGGAGUUGGUGCAGCGAGUGGCGCUCCCGCUGGCCGAGGUGAAGUACGGGGCCGGCGAGUUCAUUGCGCAGGCUGGCGAGAGCCUGGACCGCAUGUUCUUCCUCCUGCAGGGCCGCGCGGAGGUGCUGUCCAGGGAGGGGCGGGUGCUCGGCGACCUCUCCGGCGGCGCCGUGCUCGGGGAGGCGGCGGUCCUGGGCCUGCUCCCCGUGAGCACCGCCGCCGUGCGCGCGGCGAGCGAGUGCCGGGCGCUCGUGGUGCUCGCCGACGGCGUGCGCGAGGUGGCCUCCUCGCGCGACGCCUCGCCGCUGCGGAGGUCGCUGCAGCUGCUCAAGGAGGAGCGCCUGCGGCAGGCCAGCAGCGGUCUGCCGGCGUGCGCGCUGGGGAUUGGCCUCGCGGCGCAGGACUUCUGCGCGCGCGUGGUGAACCUGCAGGCCGAGUGUAUCGAGAUGCGGGCGGACAGCACUUGGCACCCGCUGCCCGAUUCCGACCCCUGCGGGCCCCACUUCGGCGUUCUGGUCGGCGGGCGCGGCACCUUGGUGCUCGGAUUCGAGGAGCGGCCCGUGAUGGCGCUCAUGCCCGGCAGCCUGCUCCCCGAAGGCCUCUACGCAAAGUACGGCGCGCACGUGCGGGCGCAGACCGCCAGCCAGGUGUACAGGGUGCGGCUGGUGGACAUCAUGCUGGCGUUUGGCUCGGCGAAUGCGUCGUUCAGGAGCUUUGUCCUGUUCGAGGCUCUCUGGAAGGAGGCUCGAGCACGCGCUGCGUCGCGCCUGAAGUGUGCCUGCGGCGCUCGUGGCGCGCCGAGCGGCACCCUCAGCGACAGCAGCCCUCGACCGCAGAGCUCUGGGUCGCUGUCGCGCGACUUUGGUGGGUCUCUGGCUGGCCCUGGCCGCACCGACCGGCCGCGGAGCGAAGGCGCGGUUGGACCAGGCGCCCGGGGCGCACUUGGCGGCACCCUCGGCGACACAAGCCUUCGGCCGCAGAGUUCCUGGUCGCUGUCGCGCGAUUCUGGCGGGACUCUGGCUGGCGCUGGCCGCGCCGACCGCCCGCCCAGAGAGGGCGCACCUGGACCAGGCGCCCGCGGCGCACUUGGCGGCCCCCUCAGCGACACGAGCCUUCGGCAUUCUGGGUCGCAGUGGCUCGACUCUGGCGGGUCUGCGGCUGGCGCUGGCCGCGCCGACUGGCCGUUUUUCAGCGAGGGCGCGCCCGGACCAGGCGGCCUCGCCGCGCUGUGCUCGCGCUACCGGCUCGGCGAGGAGGGCCUCUCGAGAGGCCGCGCCCCUCCUCGGCCCGCGCCGUGCAGGAAGCCCUGCGGCCCCGGCGCCGCCCUGCCGCCGUGCGCCGGGCGCGGCCGCGCCAACCGCGGCUCGACGCCGCCGCGCCGCAGCCCGCGGGUGUGCCCGCUGCCCGCGGAGCGCCUGGGCAGCGCCACCGCCGCGCAGGUGGCCAGGGCCACCGCGUGCCUGCGGCCCCUGCCGGCCUCCCCCGCGCCGCGGGGCGAGGCGGCCGCCCGGGUGCUGUCGGAGGCCCGGGCGGAGGCUGGGCGCGGGGCCGCCGCGGCGCCGGCGGAGGCCCGGGCCGAGGGUGGACGCGAGGCCGCCGCGGCGCUGGCGGAGGCCGAACCCACCGAGCGGCGCCUCGUGGACCGCCCACUGGUCGCCUGGCUGAUCGAGAUUGCGUGCAUCGGAAGCGUCGCCUGGCUCCGCUCGCAGGUGCCGGCGCCAGACCACAGCUCGGCCUGCGGCGCGGCGCUCCGCACCCUGGCCACCAGUCUGGCGACCGUCGAGGGCUGCACGCUGGCGCACGCGGUCCUCGUCCACAAGGUCUACGCGCACGUGCCGCCCUUCUCGGCCCCGGCGCCCCAGGCGAGGCCGCCGACUUGGCGGGGCGUCCUGUCAGACUGGCUGGCCUGCAACUUGCCGGUGCACGUCCUGGCCGUGGGGCUGUCGGCCCUCGCGGCGCGGGGGCGGCGGGCGGGGGGGGGGGCCCGUGCGCCGCGCGCGUGGUUGGCCUCGCUGCGCCGCCUGCGGCUCGGGCCCUUCCUCGUCAAGCUGGUGGUGGCGCGCCUCGUCGCCGACGUCACCUGCCCCGGCGGUUCAAGAGCGGGGCCCUGA